UUCAAUACAUCCCCCCCUUGUUCUUGUACUGAUCUCUAUUUUACUGCAAAAAUUUCGUCCGUCAAUGGCAACGGCACGUGAGCACUUCUCCAAUUUACCCGGACGUGAAAAUUUUUUUUUGUUACGCUAAAAAUAAUUUUUUUUUUGGCUAUAGUUUGGUGGAUGAUGAAUCAAAUAAAAGGGAUAUUUGAUCAAAGCAUUUUAUUCUUUUUAAGAUUCUUAUUAUCCCAAUCUUAAAUUCUAUUAUUUAUAAUCCCCCCAAGAUGUCAGAAGGUAUUACUGAAAUCGAUUCCAACUUAAUUGAAACCAAUUACGAUAACGUUGUCUACAAGUUUGAUGAUUUAAACUUAAAACCAGCCAUCGUUAGAGGUGUUUUCGGUUACGGUUACGAAAAUCCAUCAGCUAUUCAACAAAGAGCUAUUUUACCAAUUACUGAAGGUAGAGAUGUUUUAGCUCAAGCUCAAUCUGGUACUGGUAAAACUGCCACUUUUACUAUUUCUGCUUUACAAAGAAUUGAUGAAAAUGAAAAAUCAACUCAAGCUUUAAUCUUAGCUCCAACUAGAGAAUUAGCUUUACAAAUUAAAAAUGUUGUUACUUCCAUUGGUUUAUACUUAAAAGUGACUGUCCAUGCUUCCAUUGGUGGUACUUCCAUGAGUGAUGAUAUUGAAGCUUUCAAAUCUGGUGUUCAAAUCGUUGUUGGUACUCCAGGUAGAGUUUUCGAUAUGAUUGAAAGAAGAUUCUUUAAAACUGAUAAAAUUAAAAUGUUCAUUUUAGAUGAAGCCGAUGAAAUGUUAUCAACUGGAUUUAAAGAACAAAUUUAUAAUAUUUUCAGAUUAUUACCUGAAACUACUCAAGUUGUUUUAUUAUCUGCUACUAUGCCACAAGAAGUUUUAGAAGUUACUACUAAAUUUAUGAAUAAUCCAGUUAGAAUCUUAGUUAAAAAAGAUGAAUUAACUUUAGAAGGUAUUAAACAAUUCUUCAUUAAUGUUGAAUUAGAAGAUUAUAAAUUUGAUUGUUUAUGUGAUUUAUAUGAUUCUAUUUCUGUUACUCAAGCUGUUAUUUUCUGUAACACUAGAUCUAAAGUUGAAUUCUUAACUAAUAAAUUAAAGGCUCAAAAUUUCACUGUUUCUGCCAUUCAUGCUGAUUUACAACAAUCAGAAAGAGAUACCAUUAUGAAAGAAUUCAGAUCUGGUUCUUCAAGAAUCUUAAUCUCUACUGAUUUAUUAGCUAGAGGUAUUGAUGUUCAACAAGUUUCCUUAGUUAUCAAUUACGAUUUACCAUCCAACAAAGAAAACUAUAUCCAUAGAAUUGGUAGAGGUGGUCGUUUCGGUAGAAAGGGUGUAGCCAUCAACUUUGUCACUGACAGAGAUGUUGGUAUGAUGAGAGAAAUUGAAAAGUUCUACUCUACUCAAAUCGAAGAAAUGCCAGCUGAUAUUGGUGCUUUAUUCAAUUAGAGUAAUAAUAAACUUUCUUUCUUAUUAUUUUAUCUCUUAUUAUCCAUUGUAAUUUUAGUUCCAUAAAGCUCUUUAUGGGCUCAAAUAUUUUAUCUAUCAUUCCAUUCACUUUCUCAUCAUAUUCUUUAAUAUAGAUGGUAAGUAUAUAUAACUAAUAUAGUUUCAUUUUGUUGGUUUAAACCAUGAUAAAUUUGUUAGCAUAACAAUAGUUUUGUAGUAUCAUCAUCAUGAUUUGGCUGAUCAUUCGUAAAUCCUCACCGCAAAAAAAUUAAUG